GGAAACCUUCGAGGGUGAGACGCACGGUGGAAUGAGAUGAUGGGAGAAAGAGAAAAAACAACAUACACGAAGACAGGAGAGGCAGUAUGCAUGUUAUGCAUUUCAUUUUGACAAAAGGAUGUAGACCUGAAAUACCCUGUGGUGAGAGGGUCAGAAGCUAACCAGAUGACCUCUUAAUUCCCAUGGCUGAUAUAGAGAAGCAGGGUGCAAUGGUACUUCAUGAAGAGGGUAUGACUGCCCCUACACUUGUACCUCCCACUACCUCUGCACCUUCCCUCUUUGUUGUCCUCAAACAGUUGCAUCCUGGGGAAGGUACAAAUGACAAGAGCAGUCUGUUGGCAAUUGAUGCAAAAAAUAUGGUGAAAUCUAACAUCAGCUCGGCUGUAAUGGGCAUCCAUGCAACAUCAUCCACAUCACAUUUAGACGCCAACAGCACCACAUUGCCAGAUAACUUUCCAGCAGAUACUACAUGUAAGGGCAUCACAGUUACACUGGACAACAAUAGUAUGUGGAAUGAGUUUUAUAGUUGCCAGACUGAGAUGAUUCUGACCAAGCAAGGUCGCAGAAUGUUCCCCUGUUGUCGCUUUCGUCUCUCUGGGAUGGAACCCUUCCAGAGUUACUUGCUGGCAAUGGAUAUUGUUCCAGUUGAUAACCACAGGUACAAAUGGAGUGAGAAAGGAUGGGAAACCAAAGAGAAGUGUGACACUCAUGUUUCACGUUUGUUUGUACACCCAGAAUCCCCUGCUACCGGCCUACACUGGAUGCAGUUCCCGGUUUCAUUUUAUAGACUAACGGUUUGCAAUAACACCUUGGACCAAGAUGGCCAUAUUAUUUUGCAUUCAAUGCACCGGUACCUUCCUCGACUUCAUGUCAUACCUGCAGACAAAGCCUCUGAAGAUAUUAAAAUUGACAGACCUGAUGUUAUAACUCUUAGUUUUCCUCAGACAGAGUUCUUUGCAGUCACCGCCUACCAAAACCUAAGGAUCACUCAACUCAAAAUUGACUACAACCCUUUUGCCAAAGGUUUCAGGGAGGAUGCCGUCAGUGCCCAAUCUUCUAAGGCUAAGAAUGGACUAUCCAAAAAGGAAUCAGAGAACAACCUCAAGUCAAGUAGGGAGACAACAACUUUGAAUAAUUUGAAAACUCUGUUCGUGAAGAGAAAUGCUGCUGUAAAGGUCAAGGAUCACAAUGUUCCCAGCCUGACAAAUGUGGAAACGAAAGAUGUUAACAGUGAUUCUCCCAUUGUAAACCGAGAUGUUAAAAGUUUGUGUGGUAAGAAGCGCCCAUUGCCAGUGACAUUUUCAGACUUCAUUAAACAUGCUCAUGUGAAAAUCAAAAGGUUAUCGCUAGAAAAUAUCCAGCAAAAUGGUGGUAUCCUGCACUCAGCCACAUCUUGCACAUGUGGUAAAAAGGAGGUGGUGGAGAUCUCAUCCAAAUCAGACAAUUUAUUACAAGUUGCUCAUAAAGAGGAAACUGUGAUAGAUGACAGUACUAGAUCUAAAAGAUCUGACAGACCGGAUGAAAAUAAACCUGUAAUAAAUGAGUCCAAAAGUGUUGAGUUUACAUUGCUAUCCAGUCCCCACGAAGCACCAAAACUGAAUGAAAAUGGAAAGGAGACAAUUUCUUUUCUGGGUAUUAAGGCCGAGCCUGAAGCAAAACCCAAGAAAACCUUGCCCCUACCACUCCUUGCACAAUUUCUCAAAAAAAGGAAGUCUAGAACAAGACCUGCCACCCCAAAACCUGAAGGUUUUAGCUUUUCUUCAGACUCUGAAAAGUCCUCUAAACCUGUCUCAACCCCUGAAAGCCCAUCUCACUUGAUGUCUUCCACCUCUUCUUAUGCUACUAUAUUAGAUUCACAAAAAGUACUUACAUCAUUAUCUCAGACUGUUACAUUAUCAAUAACAGAAGCAAAUGAAAUGGCAUCUCUGUCCACUGUUCUCUUAUCACCCUCCUUAUCAGCUGUAGUCCCCGCUAUACCAAUUGAAACACAAAUACCAGAAAGAUUUUCACCACCUCCAUCUGCCAAUGAUCCAUUUCGUGCCCCCAACACUACCUCUCUACCCAAACAUAACUCUGACCCAUCACCUGACAGUAUCUCUGAUGUGUUCUAUAAUGUUGAUACUAUUUCUGAGCAAGGUAUUGACAACACACUUGGGUCUCAGUCAGACAUUUUAUCUUCCCUCACAUGUAACACAUUACAUGACACUUAUUCACACACUACACCUGAAGUUUACACUGACUUUAUCACACCGGAAACCUCCUCCAUCACCACAUCUUACUCUGUUUUUGAAGUUCAAUCUAUUACCAAUAAUGAAGUUAGUCCUGAAGUUUUUAAUAACCAGGAACAUGCCUUAAUGCCUCAAGUUGUUGAGAAUGAGUCUGUUUCUGAUUGCCUCCUGGACAGUCCCAUGGGCUCUUGUCCUGAGCUUUUCCCCCUGGAAGUUCCUCCAGACACUAUAUCCACACAUGAGGAAUCCCUUUCCCUGCCAUUGGAUGACCCAUGUUCCACAGCCUUGUCCUUACCCAUCCCAGCUCCUUCAUCUCCUGACCCUUUUCCACCAGAUCUAUUCUGUGACAGACCAGUACCUCCUAGAAAGACCCUUGAUUCAUUCCCAGAACGACUAUUGGAUUGCACAGGUCAUGCUUGUACUGACCUUUUCCAGCUAGGUCUAUUUUGUGACCGGCCCGUACCUCCUACAAAGUCCCUUGAUUCUGAGCCAACUAAACAAUCCUCUUAUGGAAAGACUUUCAUGAAAUCCAAGACAAAACAGAAAAAAGUUGGAAAGAUGAAGCUAAUUGAAGAUGAUGUGUUUAAAGGACCUGUACCUGUCCUAAUGCAGCCUAGCCUGGAGGAUGUAGAAGGCCAAUUAUUUGCCUCCUUCAUGUCAAAGGAAGCUCUUGUGAUUCACCUUGGAUAUGAUGCCAAAACGGAGGUGACACAAACAACAUCAGAGAAUACAGUUGGCGAAAGCAGUAAAAAUAUUGAGGAUAAGAUUGUGAAGCUAGAGAAGGCCCUUUUACAUGAUCUGAAAAUCAUGAAGUACAGACAGGUCAUUCAUCCAGUGCUGCAAGAAGUUGGAUUGAAGUUGAAUCUGCUUGACCACUCCCUGGAAAUUGACCUGCAAUAUUUGGGUGUGCAGUUACCCAUACCCCCACCUGUUCUCUUACCUGAAGGAAGUUCAGCAUCAUCUCAGGACCUUCUAGUCCAAUUUGUUUCAAGGACAGGGAAGACCACUGACUUAACCAAAAUUAAAGGUUGGAGAGAUAAGUUUGCUGGCUCAGUAUCCCUGCAUGAAGUGGCACCGAGCAUGGAUGCAGAGCAGAAGAAUCAUUCUGCAUUCUGUAGUGACAUGUUGGAUGAGUACCUGGCCAGUGAGGGCAAGCUGAUUGAUGAACGAGCUGCCAACUUGUCCCAGACUGUCACCACACCUGUAGCGUACCAGCUACCCACUAAGAGCACUAGCUAUGUCCGUACCCUGGAUAGUGUACUUAAGAAACAAGUCCCUUCCUCUUCAUCCUCCACAUCUAAACUAUCUCCAAUAUCUGAUGAAUUCAAGCCAGCAUCCAAGCCCAAAGCCCAGGCUAAACAAUCUAAAAGAUCUUUGAGAUCUGGUAUAGGAAAUCAAACUCAAACAAAACCAGUCAGCAGUGUUAACAAACCUGCUUUGAGUGUGAAAAACCAGCUACAAAGCAAGAGAUCUAUAAAUAUGGUAAAAUCCAAGAGUUUGAGUCCUAAAAGGUGUGUUGCACAAAUGACUGCAAUCAUAACUUCUGAUGAGACUUCCAUGGAUGAGGUCUCUGGCAUCACAGCUGCAAGCUCCUCAGGUGGACACAGUCCAGGCUUGCCCAAGACUCUGGUAAAGCUGAUGGAUGUGGAAGAUGGAGCAGUGUGGGAAGGCAAGCAUUGGACCUUUAUCACAGAAGAGAGAGCGGCCAUCGCAUUAGCCACUCUUGUCACUGACGAGAGUGAAACAAAAGGAAACCCUGAUGCCAUCAGAAUUAUAAAACGACGUGCACCACCUUGCCUCAAUGUCUUCUGCAGGCUUGGCUGUGUCUGUGCCAGUCUGGUUCACAUAAGGCGCCAUCAUCACUGCGGCAAACCACAAUGUAUGUUGAGCUGUAGCUGUCUGCGACGCAAAGUUAUCGCACUAAAGACCCCCAAACAGGAAGAAAUUGCAACAGAGGAGCCUGAACUUAAGGGAGGAUCGGAUAAGUGGAAGAAAAAUAUAAAGAGAAAAACAUAUGUUCUGACAGAUCUUGAGGCAGCACCUGAGCCCACAAAGCUUGUGAAGACAUUAUGGGAUAAUAAAAGCAAAGACUCUGAUUCAGAAGUUCUUUUCUCCCCUCCUCCUCCUAGAUCCCCUUCUCCUGCACUCUUUUCUCGAGAGGUGCAACACGAUCUCGAAAGCUUUUUCAGUCCCUUAAAACAGAAAAGGGUGGGAGAAAGAAAUCUGAAUAUGACAAAUGACCAUAUCUAUAGCAGUCCAACUUGUGCUCGUGUGCGACCGUUUCUUUGGAGGUGUGAGGGUAAACACAAAGCGGUUGACCAACACUACAUCUCACAGGUCUCUACACAAAAUAUUGAGGAGGGUGAGCUUGUACCUCAUAAUUUGUCUGGCCCUUCCAAGCAGCUUGAGAUCGUAUCCGAGUGCAGUUGGGCAAGUAAAGACAGUAGAAAUGAUGUUAUGCGGAUAGUGUGUGAGCAUAUGGCUCAGGAUAAUUUAAAGCACCCUUUCUGGAUUGGCAAGUACUAUAUCCAGCCAAUCUCCAAGACCUUAGAAGAGGAGGGUUCUGCCUACAUAUACAAAGUCAACAUCUCUCAACCUGUGGAGAAGAAAAAGGAAGAUGAGAAAGUUGCCCAAAAUAAAGCAGAGUUGAAAAAGCCUGUUGAGAAGAAUGAGGUGAAAGGUCUGCCCUUCCUUUCCAGGUGUUCUCCUGCAGGCUUGCUCAAAGCGGAGACAAAAGCACCUGAUGCCCCAGGCCAGAUUAUGGUCAAUGGAAAGCCAUACCCACAAGCCAAGCUAGAGCUUGGUCAGAUGGGGGCUUUGCACCCUGCCAAUAGACUGGCAGCUUACAUCACAGGAAGAAUAUGUCCUUUCAGUCAGUCUGGAUCUAAAAUAGUAACCACAGCGACCACUACAAAUACCUCUACCACAUCAGUUCCGGUCACUAGUGUUGCUACAGCAACCACUGUUACUGGCACAUUAUCUUCUACAACCACAUCAUCUAUCGAGCCUGUAGUGACCAAGCCCCCAGUGGGAAAGAUCUUCACCCAGUUUGUGGUCAACUCUCAAAAUGUGCCCAGCAAUAGCACUCCUCAUUUAAAGCCUUCUGUUUCAAAUAUCGUCAUCCCCUCCAAUCUAUUGAUGGUUGGCAGAGAGGCAGGAGCAUCUGGGGUGGCUCUUCUUCCUCCAAAAGCAGGCUUGGCUAUUCACGUGCCUGAACCAUCAAACAUCACCAGUAGCACCGGGUUUCCUACUGAAUCAAAUGUCCAAUCCCCUGCCAUCACCAUCCUCUCUAAAUCGUCCAGCCUGCCUCUGGGUGGGUCAAGUUUAACCCCUACAACUGUCUCUUCCUCUGGAUCUGACACUUCUGGGAAAAAGACAUUCACAGUCAUGUCCCAUAAUACAGCGCUCCCCAACAAUGGUCCGCAGCCUCCAAGGCCCAUCACACAGAUUCACCCGCCACUGACACCAGGCCAAAAGAUGCUGCUUCAGGUUGUGAAGACAGCAGAUGGCAAAAUAUUGUACCGUAAUACCAAUGGUCAACUCAUUCAGUUGGUGCCUCUAAGUCAGAUCAAAUCCAUCAAGCCCAACCUCCUUUCUCAAAGCCCAACAACCCUUUUCCGUUUGCUUGGGCGUAAUGUAGUCCCUCUAAAUAGUCCUCAGGCUGGCAGCACAACCAUAGUCACGUCAUCCAGCCCAACAACUCAAACUCCGACAAAGACUACUGUCACUGUGCCAGUCUCUACAUCUUUUUCUAUGACUGGCAAGCCAGUCACUAUUACUGCAUCCAAGUCAGUCUCAUUCAGCAGCCUUCCUUCUGCCCUUAAAGUUUCCCCAAGUUUUCUGGGACAGCCUGGCACUUGUACAUUAAGAAUUCUCCCACUGCCAAAAACUGUCAAAGACACCAUCACUCCAAUUUCUUCCCCUAGCUCACAGAGUGGCUUCACAUUGCUUACAAGUUCAACGGCACAGAACCAAGACUCCAAAAAGUCUGAGACCACAAUUUCUGUGAGCUUGGUUUCAACGAAGGGACCAAUCAGUCAGGUUGAAGGAUCACUUGACUCAAAAAAGCAACCUAAGAUGAUUCCUGAUCAAAAGAAUCGCUUUGACCAUUCCAACAUAUCUGAAUGGAUUGCAGAAAAAAAUGUGACUCAGCCUCCAUCUUCUGCAGCCUCUUCUCAAAAACCCAGACAGUUUUCUGGAGAUGGUUCCAACCCUGCACAUAUGGAGCAGGCUGAAGCUCUUAAAAGAGCUAAUCCCAAAGUGAAGGAGAUUGAGUUUGAUACCACACCAGAUCACGAAGGGAAAAGUGUAACUUCAGAAGAAACAGAAAUAACUGACGACUCUGACUUGUACAGUGAAGAUGACCAUGACAGCAGUGCAACUAGUUUAAGUGAUUCUAAUCAAGCAGAUGAAACUGAGGAUAAGGAUGGUUUGGACUCUGAGAUUAAAGAUUUUGUUGAGGUGGAGGUUGAUAUUGAGACAACUGAAGAGUCUGUCAAGAAAAACAAUAUCGCACGACUGAGGCGAAAUCAAUUUCAAAGUCGCCAGAAACACAUUCUUAAUGUCAAGCAACAAAAGCUAUUGGCGCACAUGGAACAAGAGAGAAUGAGGCGCUUCUCAAUUGCAGAAUUAUUUUUUAAGCUUCAGGCAACAAUCAAAAAGCCUUUUUUAACAAAGAAUGUUAAACCCUCUAAGAAGAGCAUCCUCACCCUGGCUAAAAAAGAGAUUGAGUCACUAGUUAAGCAGGAAGACAAGUUAGUGAAAAGAAGAGGGAAGCUGAGAAUUAAGAGAGAGCGUUACAUACAGACCCUAUCCCUAUUGUCUGACAAGAGUACAGCGUUCAUCAAUCAAAGGCUUAAUGAAAUUAUGGCUAAACAAAAAGCUCUGGAGGCCCAAGAUAAAGCAAAAGAGAUGGAGUCCCAAAUUAAGCAAACAACUCACAAACCUGCACCCAAACCUAAACUAGCUGAUCUCAGUAGUAAAUGGAGAAGUUUAACGGUCCAGAACCAAGUGAAACCCACCCAGUCUCCCACCAAACCAAUAGACUUAAAUGUUAAGAAGCAAAAAAGCCUAGAAAAGUCUGAAAGUAUAAAAGGGGAUGUUUCCAAGUCUGCACCAUCAGCCUUGAAACCUGUAGACCUUGAUAGUUGCAAAAGCACAGCUAAAACUCAGGAUAAAGAGCAAGUUAUGGUGUCUAAACCUUCUCAGCCAACCUUUAAUCCCACUCCACCAAAGAAACAUGUUCCUGUCCCGAGUCCUAUACAACAUUAUUUAAGUCCUAAAGAGAAAACGCGGCCAAACAUCCUGUCUCGCUCUUCAUCCAAGACAAUACCAGUAUUGCCUGUCCAAGAGCCUCUUGUAACAAAUGUGUGUAUUCCCCAAGCAAUGCCUUUGAUGAAUACAAUGGUUCAAAGCAAUCAAGCCACAACCAUAAACAACACCAUUCAACCCAUUGUAAUCACAUCAUUAGAGGGACAGCAAACACUCACACCAGGUGUAGUAUCUGUGUCCAUAUCAGUUCCUGCAAUAUCUCACCCAAUUAGAAUGGAAAAUCCCCUUCCAGUUUUGCAGCCUCAGCUUUUUAAAGUUACAAACAGCCCUGUUAAGAUAAACAUGCAAUUGGAAUCUGCCAACUUUCCAAAGAUUGCCAAUGUUAUUUCUCUGGUCCCACCAGUGGAGAAUUUGGUAAUACCACAGCAAGGUGUGACUGAAAAGGAAAACGCUACACCUGUUGUCCAGGAACAUCCUAUUUCUAUCCCUACACUUGUAGAGAAUCAGCAGAAACUCUCAGAUGAUCAAAUUCCAGUUUUGGAGGAAAGUGAAAUUGUGGAUGAGCCUCAAAAUCAGGAUGUACACAAGCUGCCUGUAAGAGGAGAUGAGGUCCAUACACCCAUUGCCUUAUCUAAUCGAAAUGAAUUGGAUGGUGAAGAUAAUGAUGACAGCAAUGAUAUAGAGGAUGAAAAUCUCAUGUCUUUAUUAGAUGAUCUUUUUAUCCUCAGUCAGCAGCUAUGUGAAGAUCCCACUGAACCACUGAAUGAAAAUCCUAGAAUUAUAGUUCCAGGUGAGCUUCGCUCACAUACUGACAAUGAAGAUCUGAGAACUAUGAUUCCAGGCAAGGUUGGCACAUGUACUAACAAGCUGGCAGAUAUAGACAAGGAUGAUGAUUGUGCCCUUAGUCCCUUGUUCAUAAUGGUGGAUGAAGAUCUGAUGUCUCUGGAUAACUCUAAAGAUGAAAUUGGUAUCCCACCCAAAGUGAAUGACUUGGCCAACGUUAUCUUUGGGUCAGAAUUGCCUUCUGUUUCAUCAGAAUCUGGGACUGCAACAUCAACAAGUGUUCAAAAUGCUCAAAGUCCACAUGUCCCUAAGAAAAGUGAUGCUCCUACUCCGCCCCCUCUGUUACACAUGAAGGCUACAUGUGGGGCUGCAUCGAGUUACUCUGUCAAUGAAGGGGCCAAUGUGGCAUGGCGGCCUAUGCCUAUACUGGUUCCUCUAGGUUUAAAGACUCAAGAUCCUGUUCUGAAUAAAGCGAUUGGCUCCUCUGUUCUCAACCCAGACUCAAAGGUGCAAGGUGUUCAUAGCCCACAUAUGUGGUCUACCAAUCAAUGAGUCAGGUAUAGCUGCUGCUCACUUUAACGUUUACGUACAAAAUAGGAGGUUUUUAUGUAUUUAUUUUUUUGAUUGCAUUCCAAAAGUCCUGCUGCAGCAGGCACCACCUUUUGUGCCUCUGGUAUAUCCAAAGAAGUUUUUUAUUAUUAUUUUAUUACUGAAGCAACCUACUUGACCAGCAAGAUAUUCCAGUUUGAUUUUGCUGUUGAGUUUGUAUAGCCAUUUAGAGAAGGGCUGUUUGAACACAGACUUUUAUUCUUUGUGGCAAUUGUUGUUAACACUGGAAGAAGCUGUGAACUCUUCCUAACCUCCAUAUUGGAGCAUGUUGUCUCUUUCCUCAUCUGAGAUAAUAUAAAGAAGAGGGGCUACUUGAUAUUUAAAUGUAAGAUUUGUUUCUCCGUCAGCGCAUAGUGGAACAAAACUAUGUGAGGGAGAAGCUGUUCCUAAUUGUUUAUGCUGUGGAUUGUGUGGGAUCAUUUGUCUGGGUGACCUUUUCAGGAAUAAUUGAAUUUGCCCAAUGACUUUUAACAGUUGAGUUAAUCCGUGAACCCUUGAUCUGCUAAUGAUAUUAUGCAGAUGUCUUUGCCUUUGCGUCUAGCAGAAACUUGGACCAAUAUUAUACCAAUUACUUUAAUGCAUGUUUUAACACUGUUAAGGCAAUAAUAGUUGUAAGUCUAUGUUCUUGUUACAGGAAAGCUGGCUUAUAAACAUAACACUUAUAUCAUACGUUGAGUACUUUGGUCUUUCUAUAUGCUUUUUAGAAUGUAGAAAACUUGUGUAUUAUGCUAAAUACUAAAAUGUAACUAACAGCAUAGGAAUAGAAGGAUAAUAGUGCAUCCUCUUUGAUUUUACUAAGUUUUACUUUUGUCAUACUGCAGUUUUGUUUUUUGUUUUCAAAAUGGUCCGUGCAGUUUGAUUUUUGUCAGAAUAUGACGUUUGAAAAUGUUCAGCUCAAUUGUGGAAUGCCUACUAUAGUUUCCUUGUUUGUUACAAACAACUGCAACAUCUGUUUUUGCUUUAUAUAUUAAACUGAUAUUUGAAGUGCAUGGAUUUUUAAGCAUUAGAUCUUAUUCGCAGCAGUGAUAUCUUUGAUUUUUUUUUUUUAUGGGAAUGACAAUGAGGCUGUGAGGGAUAGAUAAACAGUCUCCAAUGGGCUAUACUGCAGUUUAAGAGUUAAGUGGAUCGUUCUGUGGGCAAAACUUUGGAAAAUAUCUUUCUACCAAUAACUCUUUAUACCAUGCAUACCAUUGAACAGAAGGCAGGCCAAGCCCUCUGAUCCUUAUUUUCACUCUCAUUAAAAAUCAAAGAUGGUGCUUCUGUGAAAUAAGGUCUAUUGUACCACACUUCCUUAUAGUGUCUGAUGAGGUUGCUAUCAGCAGGGGAUCCCACAGUUUGACUUGAAGAAAUGUAGUAAUCACUAUGCAAUUGCACGUUGGAUUUAGAAUUGACAAUUCGCGUUGCACGUUGGAUUUAGAAGUACACAAACACUUAAUAGGAAAAUCACAAGGCUUUAUAACUCAAAAUGCAAUGUGCCAUUGUUCCUGUGUGGUGUAUCUAUUUUAUGCUAGACUGGAUUAUUGUGUAAAUAAGUUUUUUGUUAAAUGUCUGUUUACCGGUCAAUGUGUGACAUAUUUCUUGGAUAUUGUAAAUAUGUAAAAAUGUACUUCAAUUUGCAGACUUCCAAACUGUCUGUUUAAAAACAUAUUUUAUAUGCUAUAAAUCAGUGCUCUCUCACCUUCAUUGUGAAAGAGAUAAGACAUUCCCAUUGAAGUCAAUAAAAAUGUGCUCAAGUC